GACCCAUAUUUCCACGGGCCGAACAGCGAAUAACCGGAAACUCCAGUGGCCGUCUUGAACGCCAUCCAUUUUUCUCUCCCACCAAGCCCGGGCAGGCAACGAGCUGGUGACGGCGACGCUGUGAGGGGAAGAUAUUAAUGAUUCCAUUUCCUCCGGAUUCGUGGAAUCUCCUUCCCCGCACUAUAAAAUCCGGGUGAGCCGGCGGGGAAAUUCGGAAAAAACUCGAUAUCGAUAUCGAGAUCACAAGGUCAAACUAAGACAAUAGAAGGAGGAGGAAGAGGAAGGGGGGAGCGAUAGGAAGGAGAGUCGAUGUCGUCGUCGUGGAACUCGGUGGGGUUGGAGGUGUUCUACCAGGUGCUCGGGUGGAUCGCCUUCUUCGCCUGGUCCAUCAGCUUCUACCCGCAGGUCAUCCUCAACUACAAGCGCAAGAGUGUCGUGGGCCUGAACUUUGAUUUUGUGGUGUUGAACUUGACAAAGCACUCUUCCUACCUCAUAUACAAUGCUGCUCUAUUCUUCAGCCCCGUAAUCCAGAGACAGUACCAUGACAAGUAUGGUGUUAAUGAGAUGAUUCCUGUUGCUGCCAAUGAUGUUGCCUUUUCUCUACAUGCUGUUGCCUUGACAGCAUUUACCCUUUCUCAAGUAUUCAUCUAUGAGCGUGGAAACCAGAAAGUGUCCAAAGUGUGCAUAUCAAUCACUGCUAUUGUCUGGACAGCUGCUAUUAUUUGCCUCAUUAUAGCUUGGCCAAAAAGUAACUGGCUUUGGCUUAUUGAUGUGUUUAGUUCAAUACAGGUUACAAUGACAGCAAUCAAGUACAUCCCUCAGGCUGUCAUGAACUUCAAGCGCAAGAGUACAAUUGGUUGGAGUAUUGGCAAUAUUAUACUUGAUCUUACAGGAGGGGUGCUGAACUUUGGUCAGAUGGGUGUGCAAUCUAUUGAUCAACACACUUUAGUGAAUUUCUACGGAAAUAUCGGGAAAACCCUUCUUUCAUUGGAAGUCGUUUUCUUCGAUGUUAUAUUCAUAAUUCAACACUAUGUGCUGUACCCUGUCAAACGGGACGAGAAUGAUGUUGACUAUCCUGUCCUCCCUAUCCAAGCAAAACAAGAGGCGAACGCGUAAAACUCUCGGAUCGAAGAGGAAGAUGGGCCAUAUGUGUGACGAAAGAAGACAGGACGGAGGGCCAAAACGGGGAGUCCAGUGUGAAGUAUGUACAGAGAACAAAAGGAAAUGGGCCUGAACUGCGGAACGUCGGAAAGAAUGUGACAUAUAACCAAUGUUAGAACCCCCUAAAAAAAACAAUGUUAGAAGCCCUGAAAAAACUAUAACCAAUGUUAGAAAGGAAAUUAAUGUGCGUCUGGCAUACCCAGAUGCUCUAGGAAUGAAAAUAUUUACAUGUAGCUCUUAAAAAAAUUACAUGUACUAAUUAA